UAUUUCUUUUCUUUUUCUUUUUACUUUAAGAAGUUGGUCACAUAUCUCUCUCUCUCUCUCUCUCUCUCUCUCUCUCUCUCUCUCUCUCUCUGUAUUCCCAUGGCUUCCAAGCGGAUCCUGAAGGAACUCAAGGACCUUCAGAAAGAUCCUCCAACUUCAUGCAGUGCUGGUCCUGUAGCAGAAGAUAUGUUUCAUUGGCAAGCAACUAUAAUGGGUCCCCCUGAUAGCCCCUAUGCUGGAGGUGUUUUUCUAGUUACCAUUCAUUUUCCUCCUGAUUAUCCAUUCAAGCCACCCAAGGUUGCAUUUAGGACUAAAGUUUUCCACCCAAAUAUCAACAGCAAUGGUAGUAUUUGUCUUGAUAUCUUAAAGGAGCAGUGGAGCCCCGCUUUGACGAUAUCUAAGGUGUUGCUAUCCAUUUGUUCGCUAUUGACGGAUCCAAAUCCAGACGAUCCCUUGGUGCCUGAAAUAGCUCACAUGUACAAGACAGACAGGUCCAAGUACGAGACGACUGCUCGGAGCUGGACUCAGAAGUAUGCAAUGGGCUAGCAAGUAUGUCGGAAGUACAUGUUACUUCCAUUCCAUUUGUUAAGUGUUAUGAUGUGUAAUAUCAUAUAAACAUAUCUUUUCAUUCCCGCCUUUAGCACAUUGAAGAGUAGAUAUCUAUCUAUGUUGCUGGUAAGAGUCAAAACAAGAGGAUUUUAUUUUGUUUGUAUGAAGAUUCUGCUUCUGAUGUGAAAUAUCUGUAGUCAAUAAUAUAAUUUUUUUUUGGUAAAUAA